UCUGGACCACUCUAAAGUGAUCCAGGGAAGGAGAAUUACAGUAGUCUAGAUAAAAUAAAAGCAUGAAUAAUUAUCUCUGUCUCAGCUUGAUCCUCUGUGGGCCUCAGUUUAUCAACACUUCAGAUGAUGGUCAAGAGGGAGAGCCUCCCAGAUAUCUGAGUGAGGAUUUAUCAGGUAAGGAGGAACCAAAGACCAGUAAAGGUACACCUGCUUGUUGUCUUAAGGGCAGCACACAUCCGCGUGUUUCAGCCUCCGCAUGCGUAUCGUCUCUUUUCUAGCCUGGAAUAAUCACGAUGUUGUUUAUGUCUCAGUCCCUGUCCCAGGAGGCCCCAGCCCGGCUCAAAGGUCGCACCCCUCUGGCCGACUGGCCCCAGCAGGGGGAGCUGGUGCUUAAGGAGGUGGACAUGAGGUACCAGGAGAACCUCCCUCUGGUUCUCAACAGGAUCUCUUGCACUAUCCAACCCAAAGAGAAGGUCGGCAUUGUAGGCAGGACUGGAUCAGGGAAGUCGUCUCUGGGUGUGGUUUUGUUCAGGCUGGUGGAGCACUGCGGAGGCUCCAUCCUGAUCGAUGGCAUCGACAUCAGUGACAUUGGAUUGGCUGACCUCCGCAGCAAGCUGUCAAUCAUCCCCCAGGACCCAGUGCUGUUCAGUGGGUCAGUCAGGUCCAAUCUGGACCCCUUUAACCAGUACAGUGAAGAGCAGAUCUGGGAUGCUUUGGAGAGAAGUCACAUGAAGGAGUGUGUGUCCCAGCUGCCGCUGAAGUUGGAGUCGGAGGUGGUGGAGAAAGGAGAAAACUUCUCAGUGGGAGAGAGACAGCUGCUGUGUGUGGCCAGAGCUCUGCUGAGACGGUGCAAGGUCCUGAUUCUUGACGAGGCGACGGCAGCUAUGGAUGCGGAGACGGACGCUCUGAUCCAGGAGACCAUCAGGAGUUCGUUUCAGGACUGCACCACCUUGACCAUCGCUCACCGGCUCCACACCGUCCUCGCCUCAGACCGCAUCAUGGUGCUCAACCAGGGACAGGUGGCAGAGUUCGAUGAGCCGUCCAAGCUGCUGGCCAAUGAGAACUCUCGGCUGCGCUCCAUGCUAGCCGCUGUGGAAAACAAGAUCUCUGUCCGCGGAUGAAGAGGAGGAUAAAGGUCAGACUGGGUUCCUGUAAAUGUUUGUUUAAGGGGACGGUGAAAACAGAUGUGACUGUUCCUGUGCUGUUUCCUGUGUGAUAGAUAAUAACGCUGAGAGCAGCCCUGCUGGGCUGAUACAAACAAAUCUAAGACAAAUGAAGACAUUCAGCACUCAAACAGAGUCUGCUAUGACUUCUGUCCUGUCUUUGAUGUCUCAUCAUCGUCAUCAUCAUCAUCAUCGCAGUGACUUGCUGUUGCUUUGUUGCAACAUUAAGACUUUUUGUGCUCAACAAUGUUUUAAUCUGUUUUUGAAACCUGAUGUUUGAUCAUGACCACCUGACUGAUGACCUGGCGCCAUGUGAUUGGAUGUUGGCAGCAGGUCAGGAAGUGAAAGCAGGACAGUGAAGCAGAAGAAGAAAAUGUUUCUAUGAUUCACCUGAAGCACGCCGCCUUCUUCUUCUUUGAUUUUUACAUUUGCUCAUUCUGUUUUGUUUCAUAAGUGCAGAGCUGAGAGGCAGGCAGGUUGAAUAUGGAACAAAGGUUUGGAUUCUUAGACCACCAGACCACCAGACCACCAGGACACCUGCGCUGACUUUUUCAGCUUCUUCCUGGACUGGAGUUACAACAAAAACACGGGCAGAUUCAGUGAAGCCACAGAAACAGAUAUGAGUCUGUAAAUUAAAAAAAAAGGAUGUAAAUAAAACAGAAGCAAUAAAAAGGUUUGUUUUCCUUUAAUGUUGAUGUGAACUCACUGAAGAUAAUCACCUCUAAACUUCUAUUCAGUCCUUUUUCUAAAGGAGCCUCAGGUGUGUCCUGCAGGUGCGUAAAUCUGUCUUCUUCUUGUCUUUUUAAAAUGUGAUGGUGUUGUCCCAGCGGUCUGUUAACGGCUGUUGUUUUUACUGAUUUUUGUUUCGUUCGUGUCGCUGCUGCCGUCACACUGUAAAAAAUCUUCUGAUCUUCUGUGUUGAGGUGAGUUUGUCCUCAGAGGAACGUGUUAUCUUCGCUGGAACAGAGUUCUUUAAAAACUGUAUGAGGCUCAGCACAUAGAGGAAGUGAAAGGUUUAGUCAUGUGAUUAGUCACAUGACUGCAUCAUUUAGUAUCACAGCUGAAUUAACAAGCAGCCUUGUAGAAAACGUCUGUGUGUGUCUGCUGUAUUUUUCCAGCAGCCUUUAGCGUGACGUCAUAACAGGAGCAGGUGUUCUGAACCACUGACACAGUUAUUUUAAGAUGAAACGUGUUCUUCCUGAUGAAGAUUUUCCAAGACAAAGAUGGCUUUAAGUGAACUUUAGCUCUGGUUCACACUUCAUGACUUUAGUCUGAUCUGAAGUCAGUCAAACACAAGAUUUAAAAAGCUCAUCUUAAAUAAGCUGACUUCACAAAGCUCGAAUCUUGUUCAGAAACAGCUCCUGAUCUCUUUCUUUUUGUCUGUUUUAUGUCUUAAAUUCCCUCUUUCGAUCUUUUGAUCUGUAAAUAAUUGUUUGUUUGUAUUUUACAUCACUGAAUUACAGCAAAUGUAUGAAUGAAUGAGAACAUAAAGCAGCAUAGUGCUGACCUCAGACCUGCUGGGGGAAGAUAAUCAGGAAACAUGUUUGUAUUGAUCAGCUUUUACAUCAGAAACUUCAGUUUGAAAUGGAUCCUCGUAGUUUUUGUUCUUCCACAGCAGAAACAGUUUUGACUUGUACAUAGUUACAUAGAUUUAUUUCAAAAAUAAUCUGGACCUUCUGGCUCUAAUUCAUGGGACCAUUGUUAUGGAUAAUUAGUUCCUGUUAUUUUUCCUUUUUAAAAGAAGUGCUCUUGAACGCCUCUCUAAUGAUUACUGACUC